AUGGUGACAGUCACAAACCUCGUCCUGGCCAGCGUCCUCGCCGGACUCGGCCUUGGCUCGGCGCUGCCCCCGAGAAUUAACACUACCAAUAUCGGCCAUGGAAGCGGCAGAGCUACUCUCAACCAAGUACGCCGCCCGAACUACCGCUUUAACGGCGCCCGACAAGUGUACAAGACCUACCUAAAAUACGGCGUCCCAGCCCCGGAAGAGCUCAUCCAGGCUGUGGCCCACACAGAUGCCCUUAACUUGGCCGCGGCGAAGCGCGACACUGGCAGCGCCGCAGCAACGCCGAUCGACCCGAGAUUCGACAUCGCAUACGUAACCCCGGUCACCAUUGGCACCCCUCCCCAGACGCUCCAGCUCGACCUCGAUACCGGCUCAUCCGACCUUUGGGUUUUUUCGAGCCACACACCAGCGUCCCAGGUCCGUGGUCAGCGGAUCUACGCACCGGACAAGUCCACAACGUCCAAACUGCUCGACGGCCACACAUGGAGCAUCACCUACGGGGAUGGGUCCGGGUCCCGCGGCAACGUGUACACCGACAAGUUCACCAUUGGCGGCGUUACGGUGGAAUCCCAGGCGAUUGAGACCGCCCAGCAAGUGUCGUCGAGCUUCACCACCGAGGACGCCAUUGACGGGCUGGUGGGACUUGGAUUCAGUGAUAACGCACUGGUCUGGCUCAUCGACUGGCGCUCAGUACUAACGCACUCUCCCUCACCAGCUGGCACGUACGACUUCGGCUUUAUCGACAAGACCAAGUACACGGGCGAGAUCACCUACGUGCCUGUCGAGACAGACCCCGGUUACUGGACCUUCACAUCCUCCGGGUACGGCGUGGGGUCGGGCACCUUCAGCUCAUCCCCAAUCACGGGUAUCGCCGACACGGGUACCUCCCUCGUAUACCUGCCGACCGCGAUUGUCACGGCCUACUAUCGCCAGGUGCAAGGGGCGACCAACAGUCGGAGCUACGGCGGAUACGUGUUCCCUUGCAACUCGACGCUCCCAGCCUUCGUCUUCGGCGUCGGCGAGGCCAAGUUCACCAUCCCUCCGUCGUACAUGAACUACGCGGCGGUGACCGACGGUUCGCCCACAUGCUUCGGCGGGCUCCAGAGCAGUAGUGGGAUCGGAGUCAACAUCUGGGGCGAUGUGGCCCUCAAGGCCGCAUUUGUCGUGUUCAACGGCGAGGAGCCGCCGACCAUUGGAUGGGCGAACAAGUCGUUGGAAGAGUGA